CAUAGCUUUGCUCUGCCAUCUCUUCAAAGAGUUGAUUCAGCUGUGGCGGUGUUUUGGUGAGCAUAUUCCCGCCACAGACUGAGUCAAUCAGCUGCUUGUCUUCUGGAAAGAGGGCAUGGUAGAAGGUUCCCACCUUGAAAGCGUCAGUAAAACCAUGGUUGGGACACUUGAGGAAGAGACUGGUGUACCUCUCCCAAGCAUCCCUGAUGGUCUCAUCUUCAUCCUGAGCAAAGUGGGUAAUUUGCUUCUGCAGGUCCGCCGUCUUGGACAGGGGAUGGUAGCGAGUGAGGAACUUGUCCGCCAGAUUGGCGAACGUGGUCCUGUGGAUCACCCAUCUCUUCUUCGUCGGCGAUUUGCAGCUGUGCUAGCGCCUCCUCCGCAGCCAGUCGCGCCUUUAGAGCCCGCUUGAAGUUCCUGCAGGUUCGUUCAAGCUCCUGGUCUAAUGGUAGUAGAUCUCCCGACUGGCUAUGUGUCAUGCACUACCUGCACACAAUCAGCAGAAGCAACCCGUGAAGGCACACAGGUGGAAGAGAGAAAAUGCAGUAAAGAAAAAGCUAGAGUAACAAACUUUCACGUUUCCCCAAUAACCUAGAGUUUCUCCGGCAACGGCGCCAAAAACUUGACACGCUACGACACAACACCAAACUGCUACCAAGUGUAAUCGCAGUCCAGGAAUGCAGUAAAGUGGCAAGUCUAAUUAUCAACCCGGGGUCUAGAUCUACUGCCUACUCUGUGAAUAUCUAUUAUCUAGCCAACUAAGCUGAUUGAUUGUUGUUUUAACUAAAAGCAGUAAGAAAGCAGGAAUUGGUUCGGUUUUCUAAAGCAAAGGAAGAGUCACUCGGGAAUGAGUCCCCCUAGCUCCUUAGUUAGGUCUCAGUUGUAAUUACCCUGGGUUGAUUUACUGUUGAUUAAACUGCGGAAAAUCCGACAGUAGCUUGGAAUCUCUUAAGCUGACCAAGCCCUCUCAGUCUAACUACCCGGCAGACGACUAGUCUUCACCGGGAUAGAAAGCUGAAGCAAUAAGCACAGAACUCCACUACUGGAAUUGGAUUCCAGUACAAAGCAGUAGACUGACUAACUCUCGUAUAGCCAAUCUACUACUACCGAAUGAAGAAGCUCUAACAACCUAAUCAGAUUCUAUCUAUCUCAGGUUGCAGCAGAAAUCAAGAAAAGCUAAUCAGACUUCAAUCAAUUCAAUGAAACUUGCAUCAUUCGGUUAAAACCAAACAGUAUAAUCAUCCCAAGUCAUUACAAUCAUGAUCCCUAACACAUGGAACUAGGGUUCUUCAUACCCAAGUGAGAGAAGAGUUCUACUCCAUAGAGAGAGAUGGGAAAACAGAAUACAAAGCAGUCAUACUCAUAACAAUGGGAAGAAUCUGCUAUGGGAUGAUGAUCUUCACUCCUAUGAUCAUCUCCAAGCUUGAUUUGAUGAAACCCAGCUCCAAGAUCGCUUCUAGGAUGAGUUCUUCGCACUUUUUCUCUCUAGGGCUCUGUUUUUGCUCUGAAAAGUUGAUCCUCUCACUUGUGGCUCGAAAUUGGGUAAAAACCAGAAUUCCCGACUCACACGGGCAGACCACAUGGCCAUGUGGCUUACCCAGAUGCCCGUGUGAGUUCCAAAACGCAGCGUUCCGAUUAAGUGGAUUUCAGGCUUCCUACACGGCCAGGGACACACGGCCGUGUGGAGUCUCCAGUAUGCCCGUGUGAAGCCUCGCUAAAUCCCACACGACCACAUUGGUUCCUUACACGGCCGUGUGGGUUUUAUGAGUGCCCGUGUGGCUUCCUCAGCGACUCGCCACACGUCCGAUCUUCGUCCAAUCGACCCCGAACUCGCUCCCAAACCUUCAUUCACGUACUAGGACCUGAAAUAUCACAAACAAGCACAACCUAGCGUGAAAUCGGUCUAAAACACGAGAAUCAACAUCUCAAACGGCUCAAUAAUAGAGGUAAAAACAUGUGCAAUUAACGGUCUAUCAAACUCCCCCACACUUAACCGUUUGCUUGUCCCCAAGCAAACCAAGUCAGACACAAGGUAAGCUCACAUAUUUCAAUCAUACCAACAUUGGGGACAAAUCAUAUAGGCACAGAAUACGUGAAUCAUACUGGUUUUCAAACAUCAACACAUGAAUAACUUCAAUAGCAACCUGGACAACCACCACAGAAGACAUUUGAGUGCAGCAAAAUCGAGUAAAGGAGGAGUCUCCCUUCUGUUCAUCAACCAACAUAGACUUGACUCAACCACUUACUCAAGACAGUCACCUCAUGCAUAAACUCCAGAGAUCAGAAUCAAGACCGAGCCAUCUAGGUCCUCACCGGGGUAAAGAGUGUAAAGAACAAGGAAAUGAAUCGCUCACAAGGGG